AUGGAACUCAACCGAGAACAUUUUUGCGCCAUAAUGUAUUACAACUUUCAGAGACAAUUAUUGCAACAAGAGUGCCUUGCUGAGUUACUGUCUGUUUUCGGCAACGAAGCGACACAUCAGUCAACAAUUUCCCGUUGGUAUGGAGAAUUCAAACGUGGACCGGUGAGUCUUAGCGACGAUCCCAGGGUGGGUGCACCAAAAACGGCUGUCACCCAGGAAAACGUCGAUGGUGUGCGCAAACUCAUCAUUGAAGAUAGACAUGUGACAUAUCGCGAGAUUGAAGCGGUUAAUUGGUGUCCAAAAUCGCUUGACCGUUUCAAUUCCGGAAACUCAAAAAAUGUGCACAGCAUUGCUGGUGGUGACGAAUCGUGGAUUUACUGUUAUGAACCAGAAAAUAAACGACAGUCGGCUGUCUGGUGUUUCAAAAAGAUGGUCGCGACAUUUGUGUCAAAAGCGGGUCAUAUUGCAACAAUUCCUCUUAAUGAGCAAAGAACUGUUACUGCGGAUCGGUAUACCACCAUUUGUUUACCAAAAGUCAUCAACGAGCUUCGAAAAAUCUUCCCCGAAAGAAGUAUCAUCCUCCACCAAGACAAUGCAAGUCUCGAUCUAAGUCCUAACGAUUUCUUUACUUUCCCGAAAAUUAAAAACAGACUGCGUGGUGAAAGGUUCCAGUCACCAGAAGAAGCAGUUGACGCAUUCAAAAAUGCCAUUUUGGAUCUGCCAGCAACCGAGUGGAAUAAGUGCUUCGAAAAUUGGUUCGAGCGCAUGCAGAUGUGUAUUAAUCCUCGUGGAGAAUACUUCGAAAAACAAUAA